AUGAAUCCAUCCAACAUGGCUGGCGCCAUUGUUUCAAAAAGAAGUACAAGACCCUUCCUCGAGGAUGGAGGUGGUCACCCGGAAGAAGAUCCCACCUACCGCCCGACAAGACGCAACUCCAAGCAAGAAGACGCCGUUCCCCUCGAGCUGGCAGAGAAGUACCAGGUCAAGGGCCCCUCACGUCAAGGCUCGCGCGAGUCUGUGUCUGCCCCCGACACCACUCUGGACGUCUACGUACAGAAGCAAAUCAUCUUGGUGGAAGAUGAAAAGUCGAAGCCCGCUGCCCCUGGAGAAAAACCCGUGGUCUGGCAUGAAGAUGCGCUCCUGAAAGCCGCUGAUCAGCUGAAGACACCGUUGGCUUCACCCAUAUCUCCAGGCAUCGAGCGAGUCCUGCCCAUUGACGGGAGACCUAUCAACUUCGGCGUCGUGGUCCCAGGAGUGUAUCGCAGCAGCUAUCCCAAGCCCGAGGAUUUCGGCUUCAUUCGGAAUCUUGGCCUCAAGUCGAUUGUCACCCUUGUCCAGAAGGAUGAUGUCGAUGAGCCAUAUACAGCCUUCAUGUCUGGGAAUGGCAUCCGCCAUCAUGUAUUCAACAUGAAGGGCACAAAGAAGGAGGCUAUCCCUAUCCGGACAAUGAAGGCUAUCCUGCGACUGGUCCUGAACCGCGAGCACCAUCCUUUACUCAUCCAUUGCAACCAUGGCAAGCACCGCACUGGGUGUGUUGUCGGUGUCGUCCGCAAGGUGACGGGCUGGGAGCUCAACACCAUUGUUGAUGAGUAUCGGGCAUAUGCUGAACCCAAGGUCAGAGACUGCGAUAUUAAGUAUCUCACCGACUUUGACCUCUCGGACCUGUCCAACCUGUUUGUUCACGAUGCAAACAUGCGGUUUCGGGUCCGCCACUUCGUCCGGGUGACGCUGUUCAGUGUCUUUGUCAUCUUUGUCUGGAUGCUCUCUGGUCAUAGAAUGCAGACCACAGCCAGGCGGGUCAAAGAUGUAAGAUGA